AGUAGGUUUUUGUGUGCCCCAGCGCCAUUUGGCAGGACGGGCCAAGGGGCGGGGUCUGCCACUGUUAAUGAUGAUUGACAGCGGAGACUGUCCAAUGGGAGGAGAGAGAGAAAAGCCUUUAAUGCUGGGUCUGUCAGUGGGAGUGAAGCACCUGUAGCGGCCAUCCAGCCAGCAACCAGCCUCCAAGCAGCCAGCAAGCAACCCACCCCGGCCCGCAGGAACCGUUACACGCCGGUACCGCUCACUUAGCAAGCACCAGAACCGGAGCCAUGCUUCUACACGGUCUGGCUAGCUUUAUUUUGCUGUCUGUCGCCGCAAUGGGAACGGGAGGGAUAGAUCCUGACAGCUCCACUGUGACAGCUGAGGGAGGGUCCGCCGAUGACGGAUACACAACCCGUGUUCCAUUCAGCACCUCCAUACCUUUGACACCGUCCACAUCUUACACAGUUUCUCCACCACCCACGACGGCGGUAGGCAACACGACGGAAUCUGUGACCCACGCUUACGAAGAGACCACCUUCUCCGAGCCAAGCAGCACAGCGACGGAGAAGAGCGAUGACGCCACGACUGAUGCCCCGAUGUCAACAAGCACAGAUGGCAACAUGAGUGAGACGACGACGGCAACGCGGCCUCCCGACCCGACAGACGGCAGCGGCGGUCCCACCACAACUACAGUCGCACACUUCACCAACACCACUGUGAACGACAAAGACACCGCCUGGACGGCGACGACCGGUCCGGCUGACGACAACACAACUGUGACAACCGGUCAGUCCGAGAAUCACACAGCAACCGUUGCAACCACAACCUCAACGGGUCCGACCAAUGACGACACAACUUUAAUAACAACGGGUCCAGCCAACAAUGAUACAAGCCCGAUGACAACCGGUGUCACGACAUUGACGAGUCCAACCGAUGUGACAACCUCGAUGGCGACAGUUGAUCCGACCGCCGAAGACACAAGCUUCAGCACAACCACGCCUGCCCUGACAGUAAAUGACACAACAUCGUUAACGACGGCUGCAUGGACCGACAACACCGACUCCAUGACGACCAUCGACGAGGACAAUGCAACAAUCUGGAUGACAACCUCCACUCCGUCCCUCAAUGACACAACAACUGCAGAAAUCCUCAACCCGACUACACCCACAACAGUCCUUACUUCUUCAAAACCUUCUGAGACGUCCUCCAGUGUCUACGCAACAACAGAAUUGAUCACUGUCUCAGCUGGACCCCCAUCUCCCGCCCCCACGACGACGGAAGGUCAAACGGGAGCAACCAGCCAUGAAGCCACAAGUCACGUGACCCCAACCCCACCCACCACUGAAACCCCGCCUGUUCCCACACAGGUUCCAGUCAUAGUUUGUCCUGCCAAGCCUUGUCCUCUCGAAAGCGUCUGCCUCAACGGCACCUGCCAGUGUUUCUCCGGAAGCUUCCUGGUGGACGGCAGCUGCACACGCAGUCAGGUGUUUCCUGGACAGCUCCAUCUGAGAUCCUUGAACUUCACCAAUGACAUGUUCAACAGGUCCUCAAAAGCCUUCCAGAACACGGCAGAGAACAUCUCCAGAGCGCUCGCUGGCGCCUUUGCUGGUCAGCCGGAGUACAUUCGCUCAGACGUGGUGCAGCUCCAACCAGGAAGUGUGAUAGCGACGGUGAACAACAUCUUUGCCGACACUGCAGUCUCUCGCGAGUGGGUUGAAAAGGCCAUCGAGGACGCCAUCGACAGCAGCUCACAAGGACCGCUGCUCAACGCUGCCUUUAGCAGCACAGACUUGUGUGGUCAGGUGCCACUCCCUUGUGACGCCGCCACCACAGCGUGCACCAGCGCCAACGGGUUGGUCAGUUGCUCCUGCAAAGAUGGCUACAUCUCUACCAUCUACUCCAAUACCAGCUGCAAAGCAUGUCCAAGUGGACAGCAUGCAGUGGACAACACCUGCAAGAAAUGUGCCUUUGGCUACGGAGGCUUCAACUGCAGCGACUCAUCUUUACUGGCCGUGGUGGUGGUCUCCUGCGUCCUAGGAGGGAUUUUACUCAUCCUCACCUUGGCUUUGCUGUCAUACUGCUGCUGGCGGCGGUGCCGAGGCGACCCCAGCAGCAGCACCAGUAGUCCAUACCCAGCGGGCGAACUGGCCAAGCCGUGGCCCUCUGACAUCACGCCCCUCCCCCGCGCAACCACCACCUGGGACGCGAUGCCGCCGUCCAUGGAGAUGAUGGAGGCGGGCAGCACUCGUGCCUUGGUGGACAGAAAGCGUCACACCAACGGCGUGGGGCUUCAGCUGAAGCAGACAGGAUGGAAGAAGUCGGGUUCGUACGACCUCAACCCGGACGCCAUGAAGACCUUCAAAGACAAAAACCCGUCCCGCUACUCGUAUCUGGUCCCAGGCCACGAGAACCCCUACUUCCUGCCGGGAGAUGAGAAGAAAAACUGAAGCAGCUCCCCCUUGGCGGACGCCUAAAAGUUUAUUUUUGUGUGUUUUCUUCUCCAAUCAAAGAACGACGACGUGGGGACGCGCCACCAAAGUGUGGCGCUAAACAAGACGUUGGCCAGAAGGUGUCGCUGGUUAAAUCUUUCUGUAGCCUUGACAAUGUUCCAAUUGUGCUUCUCUGCAAUCGUUCCGACUUGUUAGGCGAAUCAUCUCCAAUGACAAAAAAGGGCUGGUCCCUCCUCCUAGAUUCUUCUGAAGGGAUUUGCUUGUUUGAAUUUGAGCACUUGAAAGCUUUUUGAGGUUUUGAUUGACUAAUAAGUCGCGUUGCUCACGGAUGUGCCAACUAUCACUAGUCUCUCACGCUUUGUGCGUCUGAGACUGUGUGCUCUUUUAUAAACCUCUACAGGUGUUUUUUUGUAAAUAUGAAUAAAUUAUUUAAACACAAAACCUGCCUGUUUGUAACAAGUUUCUACGGCACUACACACGUGCACCGUUACAAACACUACGUUACUAUGACAUCACAGGUCGUUUGCUCCAUGUCGCCUUUGCUGCUCCAUAAUCUGGAACGUACGGUGUGACGUGUGACAUGAACGUGACACACAUGCACUCGCACGUAGACAAUAUGACUUUCAUGACAUGAAAGCUGAGGGCUGAGCUCGUCACUUGCAAUUCUCUGCCUGAGGCCUAGGGGGCAGUUUUCCUGAGUGAACAACCACCAUAACCACUUUUCACUGUACACUUUUGCAUUCAAGAAAAUCAUUUGUUUUCAGUUUCUCUUUACAAUUUUUAAAGUCAUUUUUUCUAAUUUCAUUAUGAAUCAUUUAAUUAACAUUUAAUACAUGUAAAUGCACCACAUUGCAUUGUUUAUUUUUACAUUCAACAUUUGGUUUAUAUCACAUACAUUUACUCCUUACAAUUGUUUUCAAAUAGAACAUAAUUGUUUUGUAAUUUUUCUGUAAUUGUGUUUUAUCAGUUAACUUUUUAAAAUGUAUAAAAAAAUUUAUUUAUUAAAAUGUUUUUGCAUUUAAUUGCAAAAACCAUCCAUUUUCUAUGCUGCUUAUCCUCACUAGGGUGUCAGGGAUGACAUCAUUUUACUCUUUACAACUGUUUCUUAAUUUAUAAAAUGUUGAAUUAAAUCCAUUUGCUUUUAAAAUAAUUUAAAUUGAAUUAUUAAAUGUAAAUAACGUGCCACAUUUUUAUUUUUAACAACAAAUGACAUUCCAUACACAUUUCAGAUGAGCUGUUACUGGAAAACAAUCACAGCGAUAGAAAUUCUCAUACAGAAACAACAUAGUAAAAACAAAAACCAAGUACCAGACUGUGAUGAGGGUGGGUCCACUACUUCUAGUCUUCCGUAUCACAUCUCGAGGCUGCAGACACGUCUCAGCAACCCGAGGUGUCAUCAUACCCAGCAGAGGUGCCGGAGAACGUCAUGCAAUCCAAUAAGCAUCGAACCACCUAAACAAACCGCAGACUUGGAAGAACCUUCAGACGAGAACCAUCAUGAUAGCAUCAUAUACACACACUUAAUACAUCAUAAAGCAUCAUUCACACACUUUAUACAUCAUAAAGCAUCAUAUUCACACACACACAAUCACAUCAAAAUAAAAACAACUUUAUGCACAUUAAAAGUGCCCCUCACUUAUACCAUUUAAUUGGUUCCAACCAACGAUAAGUGAAUUUCCACAAAGAUUCCUCAUUUAGAAAUGUAAUAUUUUUGUAGUUAUAGCAUAGAAAACCUGUUUACAAUCUUCUAAAUACACUUUUUAAGAUUAUUAGAGCCCUCUAGAGAUGAGAGAACACCCCUAGAGUCUUUUACACUCCUUUACACUCCUAUUACCCAAUAUAGUAGACAUAAUCAAGAGACAAUAAGGCAAUUUGGACUCACGUUAGCAUUGAGAGAGUUCCUUGUUUUUUUUACUUCCAGUUGACUGUACUUCCCGCAGUGGCAACUGUCUCAUCCGUGUAACAUUACUGACACCUAGUGACCAGUGUGGAAUACUACAUAUGUGUCUUUGAAUGAGUCUUUCGAAUGCCUUACAUUUGUAUUUUACUUCAUUUAGCCAUUUUUAUGCUUGAAAAUGCUUCAGUUAGGCAGAAAACACAUCACAUUUGCUUAAAUAUGCAUAUUUUAGGCCAUCAGGCUCCUCAACGAAGCACUCGCACACGCCGCACGCAACACACGCACACACUCAUAGCACUUUAUUUAUUUAUUUGUAUUAUUUAUUUGUAUUAAUGUCUCUUCUGUUGUUGUUGCUUAAUUUAUUGGUAUUUAUGUUUAUGUGUUUAUGUUUCUUAUGUUCUUGGGA